GUUCACGAUGAACCAAAGCAUCGUCUACAUCGUCUUUGAAAAUGAACAGGUACACUCGCACCAUCAGUUUUCACUUUUUCAGUUUUUACCCUCCUUGAGUGCGCACGUAUUGGUGAUGCCCAUUUUGUUUGCGUUUUUUGCACUUGGAAAGUUUUCUCGUCUGAAAAUUUUCAAUUUUCCUAUAGGAAAAUCUUGUUUUGAAAGUUUUUAUUAUGUUCAAUCAAAAAUUUACUCUCGGUUCUUGUAAAUUACCAUAAAAACACAAAACUGAUUCAAUAGAUAAUCAUGAUAUUUAGCGAGUGAAAAAGUGAUGAUAUUUUCGAUAACGGGUUUCCUACUCCACCAUAUUCCAUCAUAUUACGACGAAAACGAAAAAGAUCAAAGCUGAUGACGAAGAGGAAAGAGGUGUACUCCGCCACCAUUACCGCGAUGUUUUAUUUUUCGUUUCGAAUUUUUGGAAAAAAUUAAACUAUUGGUAUAGUUUGGUAACAAUUUAAUAAAGAAAAAGUGAUGUUAUAUAACUGUUUUAUGCAAUAGAAACUUAAAAAGGAGUAUUUUCUUAAUAAAAUGUGAAUAAUGACAAAAAUAAAUAAAUUUUCUGAUGUUCCCCGUUGGAAAUAAAAUUGACCUUUGUGAGCAUGCGUCAUUCGCCGUCGCCGUGCUCUCCACCAUCAUCAUCAUCACCAUCACCAUCGUCGUCGUCGUCGCUGUCGCAUUCAUAAAUGGCGGCGUCCCGUUUGUGAGGGGAGAUAAUAUUAAAUAUUUUUCUUUAUUUACACAUUUUAUGUUUGAAUUUGACUAAAAAGAAAAGCCUAAACGAAUUUCCUAAAAAGAAAAUGUAAACACAAAGUUUGACUUGAAAAAUUGUUAAUUUUAUAAAAGUGCAAAAAACAUACGUUUGUCGUUCAAUUAAGGAACAAAAAAAUAUAUUUAGUUAAAAAGAAAAAGAAGAAGAAACAAGACAAAUAUUUCAUACAAUUAGAUCCAAAAAAUGAAUUCUGAUCAUGCAUCAGCUCCUGGCGAGUCAUCAUCUAAUCCGAAUGACUCGCAACAAAGUCGGCAUUCGCCACAGCAAGCUCAGCAACAACAGCAACAACACCACCAACAUCAACAACAGCAACAACUUGCACAUCAACGACACCCGCAACAAUUGAAUGAACAACAUGUCCAGCAACAACACCAUCACGAAAAUCCUGCUGGAAGUAUUAGUGGAGUUAUCCAUCCUGUUGGCGGGAUCGAGUCAGAUGUGUCCAAACAACAACAUCCACACCAUCAGCCAACACACGUUUCGGCUCCUCAACAACAUCUUGGAAAAUACUGGGUCGUUACGAAUCUUUUUCAGGGUUCCGGUCAACCGCCAUACAACAUUGGUGUAACACCAACAACAUCAGCAGUUCCUUCAAUACCGCCUCCGAUAUCAUCGCAUUCAAGUGCUUCGGCGGCUAAGGCAGCAAACAACUCUAAGCAACAGCAGCAGCAGCAAGAUCAACAACAGCAACUAGCAUCAAACUCGCACACUCAGUCGCCAUCAGCUCAUAUAGUCUCGUCUGUUGGUGCCACAUCCCUACAAAUACCUAAUCCAAUGAUAAAUACGGGUAUGAACCAGCAUCAGCUUCCAAACGGCACAAUAAUUGCAGGCCCACGUCAUCCUGAUUCUUUACACGUGCAUGGAACGAUGUCUGGCGACGACAAUCGACACGUCUCACAUGGUAUGCAGGACAUUAAAGAGGAGAAACCCUUUGCCAAUGGGAAACCAAACAUACAUAUGGCACAUGUAAAUCCAGCAUCUUCCAUUUCUUCAAAGAUGAACACUGGCAGUGGUGGUGGCAACGCUAGUAACAAUGGCCAAUCAACUGAACCAGGUGGUAGUCAAAUGGUGAAACUGCAACCUGGUUCAGGUCCUGGUACAGGUAGUAGUGGAGGAGGUAACGAUCAAGAAAGCAAACCGCCCCACGGUGUUGAAAUGUAUAAAGUCAAUAUUGAAGAUUUGAGUCAAUUUUUAUCAUAUCACGAAGUCUUUGGCAAGAUCCAUGGGGAAGUAAUAAAUCAACAGCAAAUAUCGCACACGGUAACUCAUCCUACUACAAAUGUAUCGACUUCAAAUGCUGGCGGAAACACAUCUGUGAGUGGUUCUGUUUCUGGCACACUACCUCCACCACCGUCGACUAAUGGCAACUCGAUAGUGCCUACCAAUAGCCUAACCAGUUCGGGAACUGGUUCCCAAACAGUUCCACCCACAGGUGCCGCUGGUGUUCCCGCUGCACCUGGUGAACUAAUCCUACCCAAGAUGGAAAAUCAAGGGAUGGGUGUUGAUCAGAAUACGCCCCUGCUUGCACCGGAUGGGACACCGAUCAUGGGGGGCACGCAUAUUUGUGACAUUUGCGGAAAAAUGUUUCAAUUUCGUUAUCAGUUAAUUGUGCAUCGACGUUAUCAUAGUGAACGAAAACCAUUUAAUUGUCAAGUUUGCGGACAAGGAUUCACCACGUCGCAAGAUCUCACACGUCAUGGAAAAAUCCACAUUGGUGGACCCAUGUUUACGUGUGUGAUUUGCUUCAAUGUGUUUGCCAAUAAUGCCAGCUUGGAGCGGCACAUGAAACGCCAUUCGACGGACAAGCCUUUUGCGUGUACUAUAUGCCAAAAGACUUUUGCCCGCAAAGAACACUUGGAUAACCAUUUUCGGAGUCAUACUGGUGAAACGCCGUUCCGUUGCCAGUAUUGUGCAAAGACAUUUACACGUAAAGAACACAUGGUGAAUCAUGUGCGCAAACAUACUGGCGAGACUCCACAUCGUUGCGAUAUCUGUAAGAAAUCUUUUACGAGGAAAGAACACUAUGUUAACCAUUACAUGUGGCACACAGGUCAAACACCACAUCAGUGCGAUAUUUGUGGCAAGAAAUAUACGAGGAAGGAACACCUAGCCAAUCAUAUGCGAUCACAUACGAAUGAUACACCAUUUCGAUGUGAGAUUUGUGGCAAGAGUUUUAGCAGAAAGGAACAUUUUACCAACCAUAUUUUAUGGCAUACAGGAGAAACCCCUCAUCGCUGUGAUUUCUGUGCGAAGACGUUCACCAGGAAGGAGCACCUAUUGAACCAUGUCCGCCAACAUACGGGUGAGUCACCACAUCGCUGCACCUAUUGCUUGAAGACCUUCACUCGUAAGGAACACCUAGUGAAUCACAUUCGUCAACACACAGGCGAAACACCCUUCAAGUGCACCUACUGUACCAAGGCUUUUACACGAAAGGAUCAUAUGGUAAAUCACAUCCGUCAACAUACUGGAGAAUCGCCACAUAAAUGCACCUAUUGCACGAAAACCUUCACCCGGAAAGAGCAUCUUACCAAUCAUGUGCGUCAACAUACGGGAGAGUCGCCACAUCGUUGCACCUAUUGCAAAAAAACCUUUACACGCAAGGAACAUUUAACCAAUCACAUCCGGUUGCAUACAGGCGAUUCGCCCCACAAAUGCGAAUACUGCCAAAAGACGUUCACACGUAAAGAGCAUUUGAACAACCAUAUGCGGCAGCAUUCGAGUGACAAUCCGCACUGCUGCAAUGUGUGCAACAAGCCAUUCACACGCAAGGAGCAUCUCAUCAAUCAUAUGUCGCGUUGUCAUACCGGAGACCGACCCUUUGCUUGCGAGACAUGUGGAAAGAGUUUCCCUCUCAAAGGCAACUUGCUCUUCCAUCAACGUAGCCACACCAAAGGUCAGGAGUGUGAGCGUCCAUUUUCGUGCGAGAAAUGUCCGAAAAAUUUCAUUUGCAAAGGUCAUUUAGUAUCGCAUAUGCGAUCCCAUUCUGGAGAAAAGCCACAUGCUUGCACCAUGUGCAGCAAGGCAUUUGUGGAGAGAGGGAAUCUCAAGCGUCACAUGAAGAUGAAUCAUCCGGAUGCUGUUAUGCCACCACCUCCAACACCUUUACCCGGGCUUCUGACCCAAAUCAAACAGGAAAUCAAACCGAUUAUAAUUCCUCAUCAACCCCCUACAAUGCAUACAAUACAACAAAUCACUUCAACUGCAGGCAGCACAAGUGCAAAUAAUCCUGGCAAUCCCGCCCUUCUAGCACCUGGUCUGGUUCCAAUGGUUACAUCCACUAUAACUUCACACAUAAAGCAGCAAACCCAUUUACAACAACAACAGCAGCAACAACAUCAGCAUCAGCACCAGUUGCAACAACAGCAACAGCUUUUGCAGCUAUCCAUUCAGCAAGCAGCUCAACAUCAACAAGCUGAACACCGUCAACAGCAGCAGCAGCAACAACAGCAGCAACAGCAACAACAACAGCAACAACAGCAGCAACAGCAACAAGUCCAACAACAGCAGCAGCAUCAGCAACAAAGCCAUCAACACCAGCAACAGCAAGCUCAACAACAAUCGCAACAGCAAUCACAACAGCAUCAACAGCCUCAACCGCCUUCAGUGCCGUUGGCUCUCAUUGGAGCCGAUCCCUCAGCUAUAGCUCGAGCUGCUAUGCAACUACAACAUUUGCCAACCAAUGUCGAACAACAUCCAGUGGUGUAUUAAGAAGACCGCAGCACAGUGAAGCGCAGCAGAGGAGAGAAUGAGACCUAAAGAGCGAAGAAUGGAUACGGAAAAGUUAAGUUACACAUUAUCUUAAUAAUUUUUUUUCAACUUAUUUUAAUUUAGCCAAUAAGUUGAUAUUCAUCCGGUAGUUUUGUUUGUUUAAAAAAAAAAGAUUAUUGAAUUAUCAAGGCUGGGCCUUGUUACAGAAAGCUCAAAAUUUACUUAAGAAAUAACUGAAAACAAACGAACUAAAUAUGUAUUUUUUUGUACUUCAAUUUUGUUUUCAUUAUUUGAUUCUAAGAAAAAGGCUUUGCUUAAAAACAAAAACAAAAAAAAAACAAAUAUAUGAAAAGCUUUUGUGCAAUAAUCUCCACGAGAACGCAGCAACAAUAAAAAUUAAAUCAAAUUCCCCAGGAACUUGAAUACGAACCAUAUAAAUGAUUUCUUUUAAGCUUUCAACACCUCAAAAUAAUGAUAUUCUUUAUUAAGUUUGUCAGAGGAAAAGGAAGAACAAAAGAUCUUCAAAAAACAAUCUCAUAAGUUCACUUAUAUAUUAUCCUUAGAAGGAGUCGGCUGUCUCUCUUCAAUAUACUUAUAUCUUAAGCACACACAACACUAAACAAAUGAAAAUGUAAGCAUACAAAAUAUAUUUAAUAUUCUUCGCAUUGAUUUAUUUACUUAUGUAUUAUUAUUUGCAUUUCAGCUUAAGUUAAAAUAUUUCGAAACAUGUUUUUUUUUUUUUCAAAUUCUCAACAAAAAGAAACAUUUUUUAAAUAUAAUUUUAUAAAAAAAAAAACAAACAAAACGCACUUCUUAUAACAAUUGAAAAUAUAUUUUUAAAAUAUAAUUUCAUAAAUUCUAAACAAGGAAAUGCAUAAACGAGAAAGAAGAACAUUAAGUGAAAACUAUAAAUAUUAUAUUAUAGAUAAAAAUCACACAAGAAAGCUUUUUAAAGGCGGUUUUUAUUAAAACAAACAUAAAAUACAUUAUACAUGAAACAUACUAUUCUAAUAUACUUUAUACAUAUGAGUAACACAUAUACAUACAUAUUAUUACAUUAACUUCUAAUGUAUACUAUCUAAGGCAUCAGAAUGCAUAGAUUUGUGCAAAGCUAUUAUUUUUAAACAAAUAAUAUCAUUUAAAGCAACAACAACAACAACAAAAAAAAAGAAUUGUUUAAUAAACAUCAAAUUUAUAUAUAACAUUUUAGUUUUAUUUUUAUUUUUAUUUUCUUCACAACUGGUAUUUUUUUGACUGUUUUAAUAAUAUUUUUAUGUUUUGUCAGUCCUGUGUGCGUUUAUUCCUAUAAAUUUUUGGGGUAUUUUGAAAUUUGUAUUUAAUUUUUGUGGACAGUUUUUUAUUUCUUUUAUCGGUUUUGGGAGCAUUUUAACUUAAUAAUUGAAAAUUUGUAUUGAUAAACCUUGGAUUUGUUUCUUUUGCAAGACUUAGAUUUAUACAAAGAUAUAUCUUCUUAACUAUCACACGGGCCCAUUUUGGUUUUGACUUACCCCUUGAACAGAAUGAGACGCAGCUGUAGCUAAAAAAAUCGCUGUAGUAUAAACUGUCAAUAAAAACGCUCACUAAUGUAGCAAAGGUCGCCCACAAUGGUGUAGCGCAAAUGCAUUGGACGUUCCCAAAAAAAAAGAAAAGUCAAAGAAUGAAAUGGGUUUCCCCCAUCUGUCAUCUCAAAUGUAGCUUGUAGCGCCGCCAAAAGUUAAAGUUGAGUCAACUUGUACUGCAGCUACAGCUACAGCUUCUCAUUGUGUCGAUAGUAUUUUCGUAUCUUUUAACUUUGACAGUGCUACAGGCAACAGCUACAGCUACACCAUUCUGUGCAGCAAGUAAGGCUUAAACUCGAUGCAGCAGUCUCACCGAUUGUUGUAAAAUAAAAGCACAAAAGUUGGCCACAGAAGUUGGUCUGAACACUCAUCAAUGAGGAGAGUGAAAGCUAAAAUAAACUAACCUUGCCUUAUAAUCUUGUUUGAAAGCUCAAUGCUUGGUUAAAUACAUAAGGCCCUACGAAUAAUUAAAUUGAGUGGACUUGAGAACUUAAGAAAAAAUGACCAAAUAUUGUAAGGAUCAGAAAUAAUAAAUCAUAAAUGUUAAGUCCAAAUUCUUUCGUUUCAAACCAUAAAUGGUUUAUAGUUAAAAAGAGUCCACUUUAAUAUAUAGGUCAUAGCAUUUAUCGUUUAUUAAUAAGAAUCCAAAGCAUAUAGGUCAAUUUCACAAAAAUUUUAACCUCAACAUAAAAUUUGAUUAUUAGUUAGGUCCAUUAAGUUGUCUCCUCUUGAUCCAAAUUUAUUAAAAAAGAAAAAGAAAUAAGGGGCAAAUGUUUGUGAAACAAAUAUUAAAUAAACAAAGGUGAUGGAGUUAUUGAAAACAUAAAAAAAGCUCAUAGCAGAACGAUUAUCUUCCAUGAAAUCAACCUGUAGUUUUUUUGGUGCCUUUACUUACCGUACGAAAGAUAACACUAAAGUGCAUUGAAGUUGAAAAUCUUGUGUUCUGAAUUAACCUUGAAAUUUGUUAAGUAAUACGAUUCCUUUAGAAACAUUAAUUUCUUGUAUAAAGCGACAAUUAUUUGAAAAAGACAUACACAGCUUCGGUCUACAUUUCACUUUUAAUCGAAUGAAAUGAAAAUCCAUUCAAAAUGAUAAUUUAAGUUCUGAAUUUAACUUUUAUCUAAAUCGAUUUCUGUAGUACCCGUGACAUGAUGGUUAGUGCGUUGGACUGACAUGCGAGAGUUCUUGGAUUCGAUCCAUGUCUGUGACACCUAAAAAGUUUGUAUUCACGCGCACUCCCUCUUGCGAGGAAUUGACAAAAUCUCCAAGAGUAAUUCUUGUCAUGAAAAAGUGCUUUCUCAAAUUAGCUGUUCGGAUUCAGCAUAUUAACUGUAGGUCCCCUCAAUCCUGGCAAUUACUAGCACACAGGAAUGGUUGUGAGUGUAAAUUCACUAGGACAUGGUUCUCCACGGACUGUUGCGCCACCUAAUUUUUUUUUUAAUCGAUUUCUUUUUGGAAGUUUUUUUUUUUGUAGAUUUUUUCAUAAAACUAAUUUUAAUCAUAGAAACUAAUUUUUGAAAUAGACUAGUUUUGUGGAAAUUUGCAGCUUCUAUUUCAUAUUUCAAGAAAUGGACAAAGUAUUUAAAACGAUUUUUAAAACAACAAAUUACUAUCUUCCCUAAAACAUUUCAAGUAAAACAAUCUUCCUUAAAAACUUUCGUCGACUUUCGUGCCUCGGCUUAUAGCAACAUCUGUCUUUUUCAACCGAUAUCUGAAACGGACUUCCCCAAAAAAACGUUUAUCUGUAGCUUUCUGUGUUGCACAUCAACACAAACAUUACAAAGAAAAAAUGCAAUUAUAAAAAAAUAAACAAAUUAUGACAAUCAGCAAAAUUGUUUAUUGACCUAUGACGUAUGCCUUUGAUUUCGAAAAGUAUUCGAAGUUAUAAAAUCAAUCGAAGAUAGAACCAUCAAAACAAUUUCACUCGAUUUUCAAUUUAGAACUCGAUUUCAUGUCAUUCAAUUUCGGGAGCCUAAACUCUGUUCAAGGUAGUACCCGUGGCAUGAUGGUUAGUGCGUUGGACUGUCAUGCCAGAGGUCUUGGGUUCGAUCCCUACCUAUGCCAUCUUAAGUCUUUUCACGGGUUCUGCCUCUUGCGAUUAAUUGACAAAUUCUCCAAAUGUAACUCUUGUCAUCAAAAAGUGCUUUCUCAAAUUAGCCGUUCAGAUUCGGCAUACAAACUGUAGGUCCCCUCCAUUCCUGACAAUAUUACUCGCACACAGGAAUGGUAAAGAGCUAUAAGUCACUAGGCCCUAGUCCCAACGGACUGUUGCGCCACCCAAUUUAUUUGUAUACCCUGUUCAACACAAAUGUUCAGUACAGGGAAGAUAUGACGUUUUCCUCUAACUCUAAUUGCAUUAGUUUGCAUAGGCGAUUCAUUUUUAAAGCUCUGAAAAGGUUAUAUUCUCAACAGUUUCAAAACACAAAAGCUCCUUAAUAAAAUCCACUGAAUAAGCUGUAACUGUAAUGAACAAGCGUACGAUUGUAUUGACAGUAUCCCAUCAGCAGCGGGCACACAUUUUUGUGAAGAAUUCAAGCUACAAUUCUUUAAGGAAUGUCAGUGGCUUACUAUUUUUUUUGAGGCAUUUUUCCUGACACAGUGUAGUAAGAGUACAUCAGACGCGCCCGCUUUCCAAAAAAAACUCGCCCAAAAGGCCUGCACUGACAAACAACUUAUUAUUUGGGCCGUACAAAAAUUUUAGACCAUUUAAUUAUGAUCUAAUUAAAAAUAAAGCGGAAGCACUUAUAAGUUAUUUGUACUUUUUUGUCACAAUGGUUACAGUAAGGAUUUAAACAAAAUGUACGCUAGACAAAUCAGGCAUAUUUUUAGCUAUACGUAUCUGUGACAAUCAGUGAAUUGAUUUAGAAGAAUCAUUGUUGUAUCACUUUAAUAAAAUUGGUUUAUACAUUCUAUUAAUUUCUGUAUAAGAAGUCAGAGGCAAAUUGCAAAAAUAAAAUUGAGUUUUUUCCUUUUUUUUCGUUUUGUAUAAAUGGUAAUUUGAAUUGUUUCUCAGACACAUUAUAUUGAGCUACUUUAAAUUUUCUUUAAUCACCAUUCAGCGAGUUCCAUUUAAUUUUGAAUUUAAUAUGAAUCAUAUCAUAUUGUGCUCAGAGUUUAAAGGUGAUGUCGAGUGCCUAAAAAGCUGAAGUGUAAAGUUGUUCUCAUUAGCUCUUAACAGAACCAGCGGACCUUGUUGAACGAGAGUGAAGAAAGAUUACUUUAAAACAAUGGAAUCUAAUCUUCAUGCUUUGAAUCUUAAAAUUGAUACGAAAGGUGUUAGGAAAUGCCGAGGCUUUGUUUAGUUAUAAUUCUAAGAACACAUCUUAUUAACUCUUGAUUAAAAAAAGAAACAAAAGUUGAGUGGUUUUACAAAUCACAAUUACUACAUCCUUUGUCAUGCAUUCGAAUCGCCCCCAUACUAAAUUUUAUUUUGUUAAAAUCACAAGAAAUUUUAAAUUCACCAAACAAUAACAUAAUUGUGAUAGACAUCUGCAAAAAAAUACUAAUUAAUUAUCUGAUCUACUUUAACUUUAAACUAUGGUGUAUAUUUAUUAGUUUGCAUGUUUUAAUUUGCCUGUUUUUGUAUUAUUAACACUAUCGUUUUACGUUGUAAACAAAAAAUAAAAUUUUGAAAAUUGAUAUACGAUGCAGGGAACAAUUAAAAAUUGAGCGCGUUCUAAAUAAAGUAAAGCACUAAAUAAAUUCAAAAUUAUUAAAAUAAAAAAAAUAUAAUAAUUUAGUUUGUAAGUGAAUUAUUAUUAAUGUCUAUAGUAAAAAAAAAAACAAUUAAUGAUAGUUCUUGUGUGUAUUUGCAAUUUUUAUCUAAGUUUAAGUCUACAUACAUCUUAUAAAUAUAAUGUUUUUUUUUAAAUAUUUGCUGCUCUAAUUUUAUGUAAUUUUAAUAUUCACUAGCUCAAACUUAAUUGAUUACUUUUUUCUUUAUUUUUGUGAAUAAUUUUUAUUCAUGAUUAGACAACUAAAAAAACAAACAAACAAAACAAUACAUUUAAAUAACAAAAUAGUAAUUACAAAACCAUUAACAUCAUUUUUUACUUUGUUUUUCAUUAAUAUGCUAGUGUAAAAAAUGUUAUGAAAACUAAAAUGAGCGAAGAAACGAGAAUGUCCGAAACCAAUCUCAACAUUGAUUCCUAAAAUCUGGAAAGAAAAAAAAUGGAUUUAUUUUUGCAUAUACGUUAUAAAAUAUUAAAAUAAAAUGAAACUCGAAAAAGCAAAUAUUUAUACAUGAUAACAAUAUAUUAUACAAAUUAUGUAUAAAAGAAAAAAAAAAAAACAUAAAGCGAAAAAUGUUUUGCACAGAUAUUGUGUUAUAUAAAUAGUGAAUAAUGUAUACAUAGUAUAUAAACUUAUAUACGAUAUGAUAAACAAUAAAACUAGAACGAAAUGAAUGAACAAUUAUAUGGCAGUUAUAUACAUAGUGUUGAUGUAAUAAAUACAAAAUAAAACUAUUUAAAAUAUAAGUAGUCUUAGAAGCAAUGAAGAAAUCAUUAAAACAAACCACAAAACAUAAAAAUUUAACGAAAACAAAAGCAAAUGCAAUGGUUAUAAUAUUAUUACAAUAUAAAAACAAAAAAUGAAAGAAAAUGCAUUAAACAAUACCACUAAAAAUAUAUUAUAUUAUAUAUAACAAAAAUAAACAAAUAAUUAUAUAAUAUCGUAGACUACAGUAAACAAAACAACAACAAAAAAAUGAGAAUAAAAGAAAACUAUAUAACUAAAUUACGCAUUUUUCUAUAUGUAUUCAAAAAAUACACGUAUUUAUGAGUAUAUAUUUUUAUGCGUAGAAAAUUUGAUGGAAAACAAAAACAAAACAAAAAAAAAACUAAGAAACACAAACCUUAAGUAUUGUAGAAAUUGAUUAAAAGUAAGAUUUUAGAAAAUUGUAAUAAAUCGUUGUUUUAAUACGA